GUGGCCCUGGUGUACAUGUUCCUCGGAGUAUCCAUCAUUGCUGACCGUUUCAUGGCAUCCAUCGAGGUCAUCACCUCUCAGGAGAAAGAGAUCACUAUUAAGAGACCCAACGGAGAGACCACCACCACCACCGUGCGGAUCUGGAACGAGACCGUGUCCAACCUCACGCUUAUGGCCCUGGGUUCUAGUGCCCCUGAGAUCCUACUGUCCGUCAUUGAGGUUUGUGGACAUGGUUUUCAUGCGGGAGCCUUGGGCCCCAGCACCAUCGUGGGCAGCGCCGCCUUCAACAUGUUUGUCAUCAUCGGCAUCUGUGUGUGGGUGGUGCCCGACGGGGAGGUCCGUAAGGUCAAGCACCUGCGCGUCUUCUUCGUCACAGCCACCUGGAGCAUCUUCGCCUACAUAUGGCUCUACCUGAUCCUGGCUGUCAUCUCCCCUGGCAUAGUGCAGGUAUGGGAGGGCCUGCUCACCCUCUUCUUCUUCCCCAUCUGCGUGUUGUUCGCCUGGGUCGCUGACCGACGCCUGCUCUUCUACAAGUACGUCUACAAGCGCUACCGUACCGGCAAGCAGCGGGGCAUGAUCAUUGAGACCGAGGGUGACCGCCCGCUCCCGUCCAAAGUCGACAUCGAGAUGGAUGGGAAGAUGCUCAACUCUCACGCGGCGGACUUCCUGGACGGGCCUCUGGGGCUGGACCUAAACGUGAAGGACCUGGAUGAGGAGGAGACCCGGCGCGACAUGGCCAAGAUCCUCAAGGAGCUGAAGCAGAAGCACCCAGAUAAGGAGGUGGAGCAGCUGAUUGAACUGGCCAACUACCAGGUAUUGAGUUCGCAGCAGAAGAGCAGGGCCUUCUACCGCUGCCAGGCCACCAGACUCAUGACCGGCGCUGGGAACAUCCUGAAGAAGCAUGCAGCCGACCAGGCCCGCAAGGCCAUCAGCUUGCACGAGGUCCGCUCUGAUGUGGCUGAUAACGACCCCGUCUCCAAGAUCUACUUUGACCCCGGCUCCUACCAGUGCCUGGAGAACUGCGGCACAGUGGCAGUGAACGUGCUACGCCGAGGUGGCGACCUGACCAAGACUGUGUCGGUGGAAUUCCGUACGGAGGAUGGAUCAGCCAACGCGGGCUCGGACUACGAAUUUACCGAAGGGGUGGUGGUGUUCAAGCCCGGAGAGACCCAGAAAGAGAUCCGCGUGGGUAUUAUCGAUGAUGACAUCUUUGAGGAGGACGAGAACUUCCUGAUCCAUCUGAGCAAUGUCAAAGUGCUGCUGGCAGAGGGGGAGGAGGUAGAGAACCCAGAGACCAAUCAUGUGGAGGCGGUGGCCUGUCUCGGUCUGCCCGCCACGGCAACCGUGACCAUCUUUGACGACGACCACGCCGGCAUCUUCACGUUCGAGGAGCCGGUGGCGCACGUGAGUGAGAGCGUGGGUACCAUGGAGGUGAAGGUGCUGCGUACAUCGGGGGCACGUGGGGUCGUCAUGGUGCCCUACAAGACUGUGGAGGGCACAGCACGCGGAGGUGGAGAGGAUUUUGAAGAUACUCACGGGGUCUUGGAGUUCCAGAAUGAUGAAAUCUUGAAGACCAUAGCCAUUAAAAUACUUGACCGUGAGGAGUAUGAUAAGCACAGCUACUUCACCCUAGAGCUGCAGACGCCCUACUGGAGAACGAGAGGCUGGACAGUGAGGCAAGAGGAAGAGAGAGAGGGAGUGAGGGAAGAGGAAGAGAGAGAGGGAGUGGUGCCGCUAACAGGAGUGGAUGAUGAGGAGCAACGCAUCGCUGAUAUGGGUCGACCCACGCUUGGGGAUCACGUCAAACUUGAAAUCAUCAUCGAGGAAUCCUAUGAGUUUAAGAACACUGUGGACAAGCUGAUUAAGAAGACUAACCUGGCCCUGCUGGUGGGGACUAACAGCUGGAGAGACCAGUUCAUCGAGGCCAUCACUGUCAGCGCCGGUGAGGAUGACGAUGAUGAAGAGUGCGGCGAGGAGAAGCUGCCGUCCUGCUUCGACUACGUCAUGCACUUCCUCACCGUCUUCUGGAAGGUUCUGUUUGCGUUCGUGCCCCCGACAGACUACUGGAACGGCUGGGCCUGCUUCGUGGUGUCCAUCUGUAUGAUCGGCCUGCUCACAGCCUUCAUCGGGGACCUGGCCUCCCACUUCGGCUGCACCGUGGGCCUCAAGGACUCUGUCACCGCCGUGGUGUUCGUGGCCCUGGGGACCUCCGUGCCAGACACCUUUGCCAGUAAGGUGGCAGCCAUCCAGGACCAGUAUGCUGAUGCAUCCAUCGGCAACGUGACGGGCAGCAACGCGGUCAACGUGUUCCUGGGCAUCGGCGUGGCCUGGUCCAUCGCCGCCAUCUACCACAACUCCAAGGGCAACGACUUCAAGGUAGACCCGGGGAGCCUGGCCUUCUCCGUCACCCUCUUCACCAUCUUUGCGUUCAUCUGUGUCGGAGUGCUGAUGUACCGGCGGCGGCCUUCGAUCGGCGGCGAGCUGGGAGGUCCGCGGACUCCCAAGAUACUGACCACCAUGCUGUUUGUCAGCCUGUGGCUGCUGUACAUUCUGUUCUCCUCACUGGAGGUCUACUGCCAUUUCAAGGCCUUCUAA